GUCAACAAACCCGAAAACAACCAUCCCCGACUCGAAAACAGCGCGCAAGAUGGGCUCUAAAAGGAAGUUUUCCGAAUUCCAUGCGGAAUCCUCCGGGAAUGCAGAGGCUCGCGGUCACAAUUCCGGGUCUCAUGGACCUAAGAGAUCUAAUCAUAAGAAAGCCAAGACCAACCCGAAUAACAUCAAUUGGGUUAAGAAACGAGCGCGAACGAUCGAGAGGCGAUUUAAGACAGGCCAGAACAUGCCUGCGAAUAUUCAGAAUGAUUUAGAAAGAGAGCUGGCCCACCAUCAACAAAAGAUUGAAGACGCUGCCGAUGAAAAGAAGAGGAAGGCUAUGAUAACGAAGUAUCACAUGGUUCGCUUCUUUGAAAGAAAGAAGGCAGACCGACUCGCGAAAAAGAUCAAAUCCCAGCUUAAGACAGCGACCGAUGAGAAGGAAAUCGAGAAACUGAACGCGGACCUACACAGAGCAGAGAUCGAUAGUAUCUAUACUAGAUACUUCCCAUACAGGGAGCGUUAUGUCAGCCUGUAUCCGGUGACGGCGCAAGGAGAAAAGAAAGAAGAUGCUAGUUCGGCGGCACAGGCGCUACACGACGAACGACCACCGCUAUGGGCGGCAAUAGAGGAAGCAUCGGCAAAGGGCGUUCGAGAACUUAUCAUUCUGAGGGAACGCAAGCUCGAUGGGGAUUCAAGAAAGAAGACCUCCACCACCCAAAAGUUGAAGGAAUCCGAGAGUGCAAAUACCAGCCAUGCCAAAACCAAGAAUUUUGCUACAUCUAAAUCCACGAAUACCCGAAGGGGCGAAGAAAAGAAGUAUGGCGAUGAACCCGAACCUUUGGAUGCAAGCGAUAGUGAUGGUGGCUUCUUCGAGGAAGGCUGAGGGAGGUGUUUCUAUGAGACAAACAUUCAUGAUACCCAAUUAUUACGAGAUGAUAGAUGAC